AUGAGAGCAGCGUGUGGAGUAAGCGGGGCGUUGUACUCCAUGAUACUGUGCGUGAGUGGCUGCUCGUGCUUGUACUCUUGCUUUUAUCGGUCAAAGUUAAGGGGACAGUACAUGUUGGAGGAGAGGCCGUGCACCGAUUGUUGUGUACAUUUGUGCUGCGAGAGUUGUGCCCUCUGCCAAGAGUACAGGCAGCUUCAAAACCAAGGCCUUGAUUUGUCCAUAGGGUGGCAUGGGAAUAUGGAGAGACAAAAAAGAAAAGGUGGAGUGGUGGCUCCAUCAAUUGAAGAGGGCAUGAAGCGGUAG